AUCUAAGCAUCUGUUUCUCUUUAUCAAUAUUUACAUACGCACCAUUUUUACUCUCUUUAUAAUCUCUAUUUUCUUCCAUGAAUUCGUGGAACAAAUUUCAAUAGUUUUAUUCAUUUAAAAAGAUAAAUUCUUAGUGUAAUUGAUAAAAGACAAAAUGGUGUUGACGAACGAUGUUGUUUUGCCGGAAGACUCGGAACUGACCGUGGAGGAAGUUAAUUUAUCAACAGCCACUUUGAGAGCUGGCUCUUUCCAUUUGGGAAAAUAUUGUGAAAAAGCAAAUAAUGAAUUUAUGCUCUGUCGUAUUGAAGAGCAAGAUCCCCGUAAGUGUAUCAAUGAAGGGAAAGUUGUCACAGCCUGCACCCUGGAUUUCUUCCGGAAGGUUAAAAAGGCGUGCCUUGCUGAAUUUAACCAAUAUGCCAAUUGCAUUGACAAGAGCUCUGGGGACUUCGGCUUACAACAUUGCCGUAAAACUCAAGGUGUAUUCGAUAAAUGUAUGCUUGAAAAUUUAAAUCUGGAACGCCCUCCAUUCGGUUACUUCUGUGAGGCGAGAGUUCACGACACUAAAAGACCUAAGCCCGCAGUUGAAGAGAGGGCUGUCUAUCCUGAUGCAACACCGGCUCUGCCUGAUGAUGUUGAGAAGAAACCCGCGCGAUUCGGUUCCCGAUUGUACUGGCUGACCGAAUAAUUGCAAAAUUUUAGUCACGCGAGUGAGACAGCAUACUAGAAUAAGCGAUGCUCAGAAUCGCUCUAUAAAAAUAAAGUAAAAUAACACCCGAAAAGUUUUUAAGUCGUUUUACUUUUUUGCUUUAAAUCAUAUAAUCAAGAAAUAAACCAUGUUUCUUUGAAGGUAUUUAAAUUUUAAAUAAAACUGCUGUUGAACUUUUUAUCCAUGUUAGCAAUUUAAAUAAUUUGUAGUAUAAUAAAAUGUUGGCAAUA